AUGGAAACUCCCGAGUUUUUGGAAGAGAAAAGAGAUGAUGUGUUUUUUCUUACACGGCGAGACAAUGGGGACAGAAUUGAAAGAAAAAUACGAAGAAACCAAAUUUCUUUAGAGAGGCUUGCAAUAAUGUUUGAUGUAAGUAUUGAAAUAUAAAUGAUACAAUAUUUUAUCUGGUUUUGCAUACGCUUUCAGAUUUAUAAUAUUCCAUUUAGAAUUUAUGAAAGAGUUUUAACGUACACUAUAUAAUGAAACUCUAUAUUUCCAUAUCAAAUAAUGAAAUAAUAUAUUAACAAUAACAUUAUUUAUUGCCAAACCCAAAUUAUAUAAAUAUAGACAAUGACCCGUAUUCCUGUACAAUCUGCUUAAUUGUGUCGAUUUAAAAGUACAAGGUCAAUUAUAUUGGCUAGUGAGAAGGAAACCUUCCUAUUUGUAUUAAAUAUUCUAGUGAAUUUCUAAUAGUUUAUAGCCUAUGUUUAAUGUUUUAUAUAAAACUGAUUCCUUUCUGCUCGCCAUAUGCUGCUCGCCUCCUUGUUGCCUUGGCAACAACCAUUUUCGCGCGUUUUUCUAUUUUAUCCCUAUGUAUAUGUUGAUGUUCAUUAAUGUUCUGACAUCACACUACUGAAAAGAACGUUAGAGUUAAAAAGUCUUAAAGAAAUCAAUCUACAGGGUGUCGGAGUGGAAAAGUGAGGUGACACCUGGAAAAGUGGGGUGACAUUCUAAGGGGUCCAGGGCAUGCCCCCAGGAAAAUUUUGAAACUAGAGUCUCUGACAUUCCAUCUCCUGCAAUAAUUGGGGGGGGGGGUGUAUUCAAAUAUUCAUGUUCACAUAUACCAUAAAACAAAUUGCUUUCAAAAUAAAUCCAUCAGGCAGAACACGAAUAUAUGAAUAUGCACCCCCCCAUAUAUAUAUAUAUAAUAUAUAUUAUCGGUUUAUAGCUACAGUACAUCUGUGAUCUCCUGCAAUUUAGAAGGUUCAUAGUGGUUCAACAUUUCCUGUUCCCAAUCAUUGUUCCCUUUUGAUGAAUUAAGGACACUUGUGACCAAUUAGGGACAAAUUAAAUGUUUUGACAAAUCACUUGUAGCUUGAACCAUCGACUAUUUAUUUGGUUGAAGAAUUUGGGGAUGGGGCAUCAGAAUGGCCCAACCGUGAUGGGAGAUUCAACAUGGCAAUGUUCAAGAUGGGAACAUAUAUUCAGGUUGAAGGGCGAUCGCGUACAUCAAAGUCUUCUUCAAGUCAAGCUGUCAGCCUAAAUAGCAGUUUUUGUAAUAUACAACAAAAGGGCAAUACCAGCGCAUCAUUUUCACCUUUGUUUCGGUAAGUCAAUUUACUUGACUAUGCAAAUUGACAGUCACAAUUUUUACUGUUUUAUCUCGUCCGUAUAAAAUUGGCGUUGUUUUGUUGAAUGAUCGACUACUUUGUUAAUUAAACAACUUUGGGUAUAAUGGUUUUUCUUAAUUAUUAGGGAGUGGUCGUUAUUUACGGGGAGGGGGGUAGUAAAUGGAAGGGGGGGAUGGCGUUUUACCCUUAUAAAUAAAGGGGGUCAAAAAGGUUUUAACCUAGCGAGAGGGGGUAAAAAAGUUUUUGAACUUAAAUAUCAUGUCUAGAGUUAUGAUUUCUACAAUCACAAAUAGCACAGACUCACAAAUCAUAAUGCCAAAGAAGACUCUGAAAAUGCCAUUUCCAAUGAACUACUUCUGAGACUCAAGAUUUCCCCGCUCAGCGCCAACCAUGGUUAGUAGUGUUUUGUGGGAGCCCGCGGCCCAGUAAGUUUAACAAGCUUCCUACCCCUUGAGUGACCCAGUUGUGGUAUUUACAUAAACAUACCAUGCAAGUACUAACUAAUCAGAUUCAGUCUAUCAAAGCACAAUGUAACUCUGUAUAUCCAAAAAUCUGUUUAUGAAAAUGCUCACAUUGCAGUUCUAAUGGGGUGGGAAAAUACAAAAAAGUUUCUGGGGGAGAAUACCCCCAGACCCCCUACUAGUACAUACGAUACCACACUAAACUUUUUGUCACCAACAACCAUCUAUCAUCUCUCCACACUCAGUGUAGUAUGGUUCCUUUUUGUAUAUGCCCCCCCCCAGACAAGUUCUUAAAAAAUCCCUGUGUUCAAAUAAUUUCACAGGCCAUGGGUUAUGGUAGGACAAAAGCUGCAUUGCAAAGUAGUAACACAUAAUAUAUAUUUUUUAAUCAUAUAUGGUUGAAUCAUAUUCACCAGGGUAAAACAUCAUGAGCUAGAUUAAACAGAUUGACGUCCUGACCCCCCGCCAGUGUGGUAAAGUUUCCAAUUUUAGGGGGGGGGGGCACAAAAAGUUUGCCUUCAGUCUGGAGGGGGGGUUGAAAAGUUUCCAAUCCUUAUUUUUCCCGUAAUUACCAACUCCCCCCCUCCCAAUAAAUAAUGACCACUCCCUAAAAGGGGGGGGGGGUGAAUAGGUUUUCGAAUCGUCGGAUUCCGCCAAAAAAAAUUGUUCGAAUUUGGCGAAUAUUUUACACGGAUUUGCGAAUCUUAUUAAUACAGCGGAUUGUGGAUUACCUAAUAUUUUGGCUUAGAUUGUGGAUUUUGCUUGCAAUUUAGUUCGGAUCCUGGAUUGUGACUAAAUAGUAGAGCUUUUAGCGGAUCCAAAAUUUAGACAAGACCAUUGUCUGACAGAGGAUUUUGUUUCAAGUUUGGUAGGAUCGGUGGAUUUGUAUACCCCUAUUCACCCCCUCUCCUAAAUAUGGCCUACAGUAGUUAAUAUAUAAUUUCUAUCAGAGGGUUGGUUGGGUGACAGACAGCUAGGUUUACUGCUUAAAUGCUAUAUAUGUUACAUAAUAUGUGAAUGUUACAUAACAUGCUUUAAUUGCGGUGAUGCUAAGACAGAACAAUUCUAAAAACUGUUGCCGGCAUACAGACACAACAUAACUUAAUAGAAUGUGUCUGCAUAUACAGUAUAUGUCCACAGGGAAAAUUAUUUUUCUUCAAUUUGUGCAUCAGCCUGUGUGCAGACUCUGUACCUAUGCAAAGGAUAUAAUUAAUUAUGUGUGCGAGUUUGCAAUAAUAUAAAUAUUAAAAUAUAAUGAAAGAUUUAUUGAAAUCUUAAUAUUAAUGUCUGUAUUUAAAUUUUAAUGACUUUUAGUUCAGUUGUUCCUGGCAAGAAGAAAGUCAGUUAUACUCUUAAAGUUACACUAGCAGAAAGAAAUGGAAACAAAAUUACCAACCCUACAAGACAGACAUAUAUUAGUUUGAGUGAAGAAACAGCUUGUGUUGAUUACAUCGUUAGUUACUGCAAACAAGAGUUUGAUAAUGACUCGCUGAUUUUGGUCUCAGCAAAUUGUUUGCCAGUAGAGGAUUCUGAAGUAACCAGAGGUGCAAUAUAUUGGUUAAAAAAUAUUAGCUCUUAAUUAAUUGGCUGCUGCAGCGAAAAACCUUCAUGUGUGCCUGCCAUGCUAAAAACAGGCUGGCAAACAUGAAAAUAAGGCCUUUGAGGAGAGGUGCAAUAAACAAGUAUAUAUUUUAGAUAGAAUUUGUGUCAGUGGUACAUUUUCAAUUAGCAGUUCAUAUGGUAAUUAAAUAUCAAUCUUAGAAUGGAUCCUUUCGCUUAGGAACAGAACAAUUUUACUUGUCAAUGGGGAAGCUCUGUAGCUUAUGGGUUAACCAAAAAAUCUGACAAUUAUAAUGUCUUUAGUUAACCCAUUGAGCCGCAAUGCACCCCAGUGCGCCCUAUACUUAUUUUUUACUUGUCUAACGCCUGACGAUUUUAUACUUGUCUAACACCAUAUGAUUUUACUCGUCAAUGGGGAAGCUCGCAGCUUAAUGGGCUUAUAUACGUAUAUAUACUGUAAUAAGGUGCAGUAAAUGUUAUUACUUAUUUUAUCUUAUUUUACUAGGUCUGGGUUUCUGGAAAGCGAAUUCCAGGAAGAUUUAUGCAGUUCCGAACAUUACAAAAAGAAAGACAUUAAAAGGUGAGGCUGCUUCUGCUCUAAUGGUUACAGAUGAAAGUGAUGAGGAUGAGAAAGAGAAGAAAAGGCCAAAAUUAUCACAUCUGUCAAAGCAAGGUACUUAUAUGUGUGGAGUUUUUAAUCAACUGUAUCAAUGUAGAAAUUUGAUACACUGUAUUGAUCACUACCGUAAAAAGCCACAAUUUGACAACAGUUUUUGUAUUUGUACAAUAUAAAGGCUAUUUAGUAUUAGUAAUAGAUUUUUACAUAAAAUUUUAACAUUCUGUAUAUCAUAUUGAUAUAAUUAUGUCUAAUAUAUCUUGCCACAUUAACAUUUGUUUAGAUCUCAUCGAUGGUCUUAAGGAAACAAUUCCUGGCUUAAUGAAAGAGGCUAUAGAUGAGCCGAUGUCCAGUCUAAGAGAAGAAUUAAAUUCCAAGCAACUGCUGCUGCAAGAAUAUCAAGCCAUACUUGCAUGUGUUAUUUGCUGUCAAACCACACAACCACCACCUCUUAUGAUUAGCGAUUGUUGUUGUAGUAUCUUAGGCUGCAAAGAAUGUAUUGAGACAUGGUACAAUGCCAAUAGCACAUGCCCAAAAUGCCGAACAGAACAUUCUUUACUGAGUGGGUAUUUUGAACUCAAAGGAUUUGAAGAUGUUUUAAGAAAAGCAGCAAAGUAG